ACCUUUGUCCGCGCAUUGUCAACACGAGUUCGCCUGCAUUCCUGCGCUCCCGCUUGCCGUCUGGGAUAAAGGUCCUUUGCAGCGCUCUCGCGCAAUUGUUCCCCAGAUUUCCGAUUCACAUCGCACCUGGAAGUGCAACUAUUCAUUCGCCACGAGCUUUCACCCGCACCCGCGCGAACGAUCGACGGAAACGAAAUUUAGAUCGUCGACUAUACUUUCCGUGAGCUCUAGACUCACUGACAACGUAACUUCAAAGGCACCUCUUCCACCGAACCGAACGAACCUUUUUUUUUCCUACAUGGCUCCCCCCCUCCGCCCCCGGCUGGUGGAGUCCCAACCCACAACCAGCACAUCCCCGCUAUUGCGGCGGCAUUUCCUCGACGGCUGGGACGCCGCCGAGUUCGACUCUUUAAAAUUCUCCUACGGCCUCACGGGCGUCGACCAGGCCGGCAACUUCCUCUGGGUCGACUGUUUCCUCUACCUCCUCCUCGCAUGCGGCAUCUUCCUCCUCGGACUGCGGAUAUGGGGCAUGUGGUGGCGGCACACGCGCCAUCUGAGCGUCAUGGGGAACCCGAAGAAGCAGGCAUACUGGGCGCAGAACCGGACGCGCUGGUGGCCGUGGCUGAACCGGCAUCUGCUGGUUGCGCCGCUGCACAAGAAGAAGCACAAUGCGCAGUUUCAGAUCAGCGCCGCGAUCGAUAACGGGACGCUGCCGGGCCGCUGGCAUUGCAUCAUGCUGGUUAUGUACGGCGCGCUGAAUCUGGCGUGGUGUCUGGCGCUGCCGUACCGCGACGCGGAGUCUAAGGCCAUUGUGGCGGCGCUGCGUGGCCGCUCCGGGACGCUGGCCGCGCUCAACCUCAUCCCCACCGUGCUCUUUGCGCUCAGGAACAACCCGCUCAUCCCGCUGCUCCAGGUCUCCUACGACGACUUCAACCUGUUCCACCGCUGGGGCGCGCGCAUCACCAUCAUCGAGUCCGUCAUCCACACGGCCGCCUGGCUGCACAACACGCUGCAGGGCAACGGCUGGCAGGCCGUCGCCGACGCGCUGCGCGACGAGGAGUCCUACACCUGGGGCAUGGUCUGCACCUGCGCCUUCGUCUUCCUCGGCAUUCAGGCCUGGUCGCCCAUCCGCCACGCCUUCUACGAGACCUUCCUCAACAUCCACCGCCUGUGCGUCAUCGUCGCCUUCGUCGGCCUGUACCUGCACCUGGAGCGCCACGGCCUGCCCCAGCUGCCCUGGAUGUACCUCGUCAUCCUAUUCUGGGCAAGCGAAUGGGCCAUGCGCGCCCUGUACGUCGUCUACUACAACAUCAGGCUCACCCGCACCUCGCGCAUCACAGUCGAAGCCAUGCCCGGCGAAGCCGUCCGCCUCACCAUCGACCUCGUGCGCGACUGGCACCCGCGCCCGGGCUGCCACGUGCACCUGUACAUGCCGGCCCUCUCGCUAUGGUCCUCGCACCCUUUCAGCGUCGCCUGGGCCGCGACCUCUCCCACGCCAACAUCCUCCCAAGAAAAAACCAUCUCCACCCUCGAAGGCGGCACCGCCCUGAUCCCCAGCGCGCCCGCCAAAUCGCGCCAACUCAGCCUGAUCUGCCGCGCGCGCACCGGCCUCACGCGCAAAAUGUACGAGCGCGCGUGCCGCGCGCCCGGCACUUACUUCAGCACCUGGGGCUUCAUCGAGGGGCCCUACGGCGGCGCGCACUCGCUCGACUCGUACGGGACCUGCCUGCUCUUCGCCGGCGGCGUCGGCAUCACGCACCAGGUGCUGUACCUGCGCCACCUGAUCAGCGGGUACGCGCUCGGCACGACCGCGACGCAGAAGCUCACUCUCAUCUGGACGGUGCCCGACAGCGAGUCGCUCGAGUGGGUGCGCCCCUGGAUGGACGAGAUCCUGCGCAUGCCCGGGCGCAAGGAUAUCCUGCGCAUUAAGCUGUUUAUCACAAGGCCGAAGGGGCGCGUCGAGAGCAGCAGCGAGACGGUGAAGAUGUUCGCCGGGCGGCCGAAUGUCGCGACGCUGAUUGAGGAGGAGGUGCGGAGCCGGGUGGGCGCGAUGGCGGUGACUGUGUGUGCGAGCGGGGGGUUUGCGGAUGGGGUAAGGGCCGGGGUGCGGCCGUGGUUGACGGAGGGGAGUGUGGAUUUUGUGGAGGAGGCGUUUACUUAUUAGGGGUGCUGCUUUGUUUUGGUUUGAGGAAGAAGAGUAGGAAGACCCCGUUUCCUGUCCGCAUCUGAUG